UUAACAUUAACGAUUAUUAUAAAUAAUCAUGAAAGAAAGCCAACUAUCAAAAUAUGUAAUUAAUAUCAACAUAAAUGAUCAAUUAUUCAAUUCUCGUAAAUAUAAAUUAUAACUCCGCUUAAUUUUCACGAACAAAAGACUUACGUAAUACAAUGGGCUCAUUAUCGUACGAUAUUAAUUUCCAUGAAUUCAAUACAGUCUCAUGUGUCACGGUAUUUAUAACUCGAUAAGGCAAAGGCAGUGAAAAAAAAAUUUAAUUGUCGCGUCUAUGUUUAAAAUUUGACAACAAUCAUGGCUAGUAAAUGGAGAGUUUUUGCACUUCUCAUGUGGAAGAAUUUAAUUGUUCGCAAGAGACAUUGGAAAGCGGGUUUCUUUGUUCAAAUAUGCUUGCCUUUUGCAUUAUUUGCACUCACUCAACUUACGAGAGAUUUGUCAGCGACAGCACCGAAACGUGUGGAAAAUAUCACCCAUUAUAAUGUUAUAACAGAAGAAGAGGCACAGGAAACAAUUGAUAUGACUGCAAAUCUUGUUUAUUAUUUACCGAAAAAUGAAUUUGUCGAUGAUUUAAUGUAUGAAACUGGAGUGUGUCUUGGUCUUCCAUCAGACAAUAUCGUGGGCUUCGCAACGGAGGGCGAAUUAUUAAAAGAAGUUGCAAUAAAGACGAUAGAAGAUAUUUCGAGAAAAAUUCUAGCUGUUGUUUUUAAGGAUCACAAUGAAUUUAAUUCGACAUCGAAGAAUCUCCAGUACACCAUUAAAUCGCCAUUGAUUCCAAGAUUUAUGUACGCGACACCAAUUGAUAUGAUUAGCGGAUAUAAUGCUUACGUGGAAACAUUUCCGUUUGUUCAAGUGCAAAUGUGUCUUGAUGGGAUUUUUUUAAAAAUGAAAGUACCAAACUCUUCAUACAAUGCUGAAAUAUCUUUGCAACAAAUGCCCGAUCCCCCUCACAUUGAAUUGGAUUCUAAUGACGAGAUGAUAAGAACAAUGUACGCAAUGACUGCGGUUAUGGCAUUUUUAAUUCCUCUGUGCAUUGAAGCCACUUAUGCUGCUAAUGAGAAAUUCAUCGGCGUCAAUAUUUUGAUGUCAAUGAAUGGCGUUAAGAAUUAUCAGAAUUUAAUAAGUUGGCUCGUAAGCGGAGUAAUAUUUAGCAUUCUUUACAUCACUCCCCUUUUAUUAUUAUUUACAAACGCUUUUGUAUCGGACGUCGAGCCAUAUUUAAAUUAUGGAAAUGUUUUUAUUGUUGCUGUAUUGCUCAUCGUUCAAGUGACUCAUCUCUUGGCCUAUGGAAUGCAUAUUGCUUCAUAUUUUUCAAAAUCUCUGUUUAUGAUCUCGGGAAUUCUGGCAAUUUAUGUUGGAUCCGCAAUGCUACAAAGAUUUAUCGUUAAAAGUAGCGUUUUUACUUUGAUACCGUAUUUGGGAAUUCUUUUUCCUAAUUAUUCAUUAUUCCGUGUAUUCCAGGAAAUAAGCGUUUAUGAAAAAAGAUUGACGGGAGUUCGAUGGAGUAAUUUAUUCGUCGUUGGAGACGAUGAUUAUCCCGCAAUUGGAAGUUUGGGAGGAAUGUUUUUAUUGUCAAUUUUAGGAAUACUUUUCCACUUUUUUCUCACAUUGUAUGUUUAUGCCGUUCUACCCGGCAAAUACGGUGUUCCAAAGCAUCCAUUUUUCUUUCUAAUGCGAUCGAAAAUCAAUAAAGUUUCUUCAGAAGAAGAGGUGUAUGACUGUGAUUAUAGUAAUUUGGAAGGAAAGCCCUUUGAACCAGUUCCAAGAGAUGCAUUCAGGCCUGGAAUUCAAAUUCGAAAUUUAAAGAAAUCGUAUUAUACGAAUUGUUUCAAUCGUGCAACACAUCAGGCACUUCGGGGAAUUUCAAUUGAUUUCUAUAAAGGACAAAUAACAGCUUUAUUGGGUCAUAACGGAGCUGGAAAAACGACAAUGAUGUCUAUUUUAACAGGUUUGUUAAGUCCUACGGAGGGAAUGGUUUUGAUAAACGGCAAAAAAGCCAGCGACGAAAUGGACGAUAUUAUAAGCGAUUUGGGUCUUUGUCCUCAAGAAGAUAUGCUUUUCCCAGAUUUAAAUGUUUUCGAACAAAUCGAAUUUUUCGGCUUGCUGAAAAAUAAAAAUAAAACGAAAGGUGAAGUACAAACGGAAGUGAAUCUUCUAUUGAAGAAAUUAAAAUUACUUCAAAAGAAAAAUGUAGUGCCGUCCAAACUUUCCGGUGGUCAGAAAAGAAGAGUUUGCCUCGGAAUGGCAAUAAUUGGCGAUGCUUCGACACUGAUAUUAGACGAGCCAACAUCGGGAAUGGAUCCUGAAAGUAGAAGAGAUACUUGGGACAUUUUAUUGAAAAUGAGAGGACAGAAAACAAUUCUCAUUAGUACUCAUAAUAUGGAAGAAGCUGAUAUUCUUGGCGAUAGAACAGCGAUAAUUCAUUUGGGACGUUUGAAAAGUUAUGGAACUCCAAUGUUUCUCAAAAAACUUUACGGGCAAGGAAAUAUUGAAGUGACACUGUCAACGGAAAAAGAAUAUAAUUUUGAAAAAAUAAAGAGCCAAUUCAGUAGGGAUUGUAAAUUAAUAAAUUUGGAUGGUGGAAAAAUGGUCUUCAAUGUUCCCUACACACCUGAAUUGCCACAAGACUUGGACAAAAUUGAAGAGAAGAAAGAAGAACUCGGUGUGAAUGGAAUAAGUGUCUCGCUCAUUACACUGGAACAAGUUUUUCUCAAAGCAACGAAAGAAGACGAGGACGAAGUCGAUUCUUGCCGACCUCAAAUGGACGAAAUUUCGAAAGUAACUGGACGCAAUCUUCUUUUGCAAUCGGCAAUGGCUUUAUUUAUGAAAAAACUCACCUAUACCUACAAGAAUAUUCUCACAUUUUGGUUAAUAAUUGCGAUUCCGUUGGUCAGUAUUUUUCUGAUAGGACUCGAUUUCAAUGCUCUUCGCGACACCUCACCGUUAAUUCCAAUGAGACUCGGUAAAUAUCGAUAUCCUGAAAGUUUUGUUUCAAGCGAUGAACCAUUUGAAAGUGCCUACAAAAAGGUUGUCGAGGAAUUUGAUGGAGUUGCUGUCGAUGUUGGUGGAGCUAAUAUUUCGCAAAGGAUGCUCGAUUUAGCAACAAAGGAUUUGGCGACGUAUCGAAAUAAUCUAAUCGCCGCGGCUUCGAUUCAAAUUAAUGCUGAGAAGAAAGUUAAAAUGAAUGCAUUUUAUUCAACAUCGGCAUCGUACAGUAUUCCAAUAUCAGUGAAUCUCCUGUCGAAUACACUUUUAAAAGCACUCGCUGGCGAGGAUUAUGAAAUUAAUGUUUGGAGUCAAAAAUUUCCAAAUUUAUACAAAAGCAGUGAAAUUAUUGAAACACAAGACGACACAUUUGGCCGUGUUUUACUUUUAAUUGCCUUUCUGUAUCCAACAAUUGCAUUGUUCGUUAUUCAUCCGCUUAGAGAAACAUCACUUGGCGUUAAACAACUUCAAAGAAUGACCGGAGUUCCAAGUUGGCUCUAUUGGGGCACAAUGUUUCUAUUUGAUUUCAUCGUCUUUUUCGUGUCAAUUAUAUUCAUUUUACUUGGUUUCUUCGCCAUUGAUUGCAUUUUUGAUAUUCGAAUGUUCCGCGGAACGGAAAUGGCAAUUAUGGUUUUGCUACUUGUGCUGUUUGCUUUGAACACUUUGCCAGUUGUUUAUACGUUCAGUUUUCUGAAAAAGUCAACGAGUACUGUUAUAACAAUGCUGAGUCUUCUGCCACUUGGAGCAAUUGCGAUGGAAUUGAUUCUUCACAUAUUGAUGUUAAACAUAGCUGACAUGAAGUUUAUGGAGUUUUUACGAGGAAUGCAAAAGAAGAUUUUCCUAAUGAUUCCCUAUAUAAGUUUCUUCCAUGGUCAGAUCAGUUUCUUUGAGACGGCGGGUCAAAAUGCACAAUGUCGUCGUUCGCCACAGCAAUUUUUAGAUAUUGCCUGUAUGGUUCACAGCAAAUGUUGUGGUCUAGAGUGCCAGAAUGGAAGCUGUAAAAAAUCUCUGCCAUAUUUUCCCGAUUUUAAAGGAGACAUAAAUCUCUCUGAAAGCGUUCUCUAUAUGUGUUUAACUCCGAUAUUUUAUUUUACAAUUCUUGGAUUACUCGAGCACAGAAUUAUACCUUUCAUAUUGAUGAAAAUUCAAAGAUACGAGCCGAAAUGCAUCAUCGACGAAAUGGACGAUCAAGUGAAGAAAGAAAAAUUAUCGGUUGCUUUUGAACUUAGUAAAUUAAAAACUCAAAGUGAUCCUGCAAAAAUGCAGGGCAGUAUGGAAAAGAUGAAUUCGAGUGCAGAAAAUCCUGAUAGCGAUAGUGACGCUAUUUACUUAGUUUAUGAAUUAAGUAAAUUCUACGGCCUUCUACCGGCUGUCAAGGAAAUUAAUUUUUCCGUUAAGAAAAGUGAAUGUUUCGGUUUAUUGGGAGUGAAUGGUGCUGGAAAAAGUACAACCUUUAGAAUGUUAACUGGCGAUGAAUUUCCAAAUAGUGGCGCCAUGUAUUUAGGCGGAAAGGAGAUUUACAAUAACAGAAAAGAGUAUUUAGCGCAAAUGGGAUACUGUCCACAAACUUCUGCGCUGAUAAAUUCACUGAAUGCCAGAGAUCAUCUAAGACUCUUUGCUCUGAUUCGAGGAGUUCCCAAAGAACAAGUGCACUUAGAAGUCGAAAAAUGGAUCAAUAGAUUAAAUUUAAAUCUUUGCGCAGCUCAACCAAGUGGUGCAUACAGUGGAGGAAAUAAACGACGUUUAAAUAUUGCAAUUUCACUUAUUGGCAAUCCUAAUCUCGUUUUGUUAGAUGAGCCAACAACGGGAGUUGAUCCAGCGGCACGUAGAUCUCUUUGGCAUGUGAUAAAAUCCUGUCAACUGGCGGGACAAUCAAUUAUUCUUACAUCUCACAGUAUGGAAGAAUGCGAAGCACUUUGUAAUCGACUAGUCAUUAUGGUAAAAGGUCAGUUUGUCUGUAUUGGACAAAGUCAACAAUUAAAACAACGUUUUGGUGCUGGUUACGAUAUAAAUUUGAAACUAAAUCCAGAACGAAGUAACAAUGAUGUGGAAAAAAUAAAAAACGAUUUGGAAAGUACUUUGGAAUGCGAACUUCGUGAUGAACAUGUAGGUUAUAUAACGUAUCACGUUACGAAUUCAAAGACAACGUGGAAAACAAUGUAUCAUUUUAUGGAAGUUCUCAAAGAGACGUAUGAAUGUAUAGAAGAUUUCACAGUAUUAUCAGCAACAUUGGAACAAUUAUUUUUACAUUUCGCUAGGGGUUAACAGUAUUACUGUUCUAAUUAAAAAGAAGGGAAAAAAAGGAUUACACUUUGAAAGGUAUGAGCUUUAACAUUUUAUAGGGAGCUAAACAAAUUUUCUACGUAUAUUUUAUAGAAAUAUUUUUGUUUAAUUAUUAAGAUUGUUUCUAAGGAGAUAUAUUUUUUUCUUAUAUUUCGAGUUAAAUUUAUCAAAAUUUCGAAUAAAAGCUUUUCUACUUAAAUUCAUUUUUCUCGAUGCCUAUGUGUAAAGUAAAAUGAAUUAGUUAUUCAACGAAUUUAGUAUAUUUAAAUGCGAAUCGAGUUUUGAAAUGUAUAUUUCUUAUUAUUUGUUGUAUAAUGUUUUUAUACCGAAAAAUAGGAUAUUUGUGAGAAAUGUUAUCAUUAAUAACUCAUGCGCUUGAACAAAAUAUUAAGUUUAAAUAUUCAUUUUUUUUUAAAGAAAAAAAUUCAUUAAAGAUUAAGAAUAUAUAUAGGUAAUAAUUUGAAAAAGUUCGAUAAAAUAAUUCGAAAUUUCAAAUACUCUACAAUUUAGUUAUUAGUUUCAUUUUUUUAUUUCUGAAAUGAAUUUCGUACUGUCAUAAAUGAAUUUCGUAUUCUUAUAAAUAAAUAUUGUAAUAAAUAUAUAUAUUAUUAUUGAUAAAAGAAUAACGAAUAAGUUAGAUUUUAAAAUAAAAACGAAGAGAAAAAAAGAGUAUGCCUGGGAAUAAAGAGAAUUACGACAAUUUAAAAUUAAUUUAAAAGAAAGAAUAAUAAUUUAAAGGCGAUAAACAAUAUUUAAUAAGUUAUAAGUGUGAAUAUAUUGAUAACUCUUGUAAUUAUUGUAAGCACGGUAUUGUAGUUUUUUAAUUCAUUUGAUAUUUAUAUCGAAAUCACUAUCUUUGAUUUUUGAUAAAUGAUAAAAUUAUGGUAAACGUGUACAUUUUUAUAUUUUAGUAAAUAAUUUAGUAAUUUUCACCAUGUUGUAUAAAAAGGGAAAUUUGUAAAAAUAUUUUUG